UCUGGCCCCACCUUUUAAUAUCACAGCCAGUCAUUUCAUGCCUAUAAUUCCGAAAGGAAGUAAUCCCGGAGAUUCUGACUUGGCUUUUCAUGGUCAACAACCCUUCGGAGGUCGGGGGUAAGCGUCACCACGCCCUCUCUAAUACGUACGAGAAUGUGAGUUGCGCCAUAUAAAGGCCCCCACGGGGAGCUUAUCUCAGCACGUAAGCCAUCAUCGAUAUAUAAUUCUGGUGCCUUGUCUUGCUUCCAGGCAAUCCAGGUCCAAAAGUGCGGCCCAAAUUUACAGAAACCGGGAGACUCACCAUGGCCGCUCCCCUGGGUUUUGUUACAUAUUUCUUCCUAUUACUUGCGGGCUUCUAUCUUGCCCGCAAGAUAGCUAGACUCGUCCAAGUCCGACGAUUCAAACAACUACACGGUUGCUUGCCCCCACCAAGAGAAUAUCAUAAAGAUCCGGUGCUGGGUCUGGAUGAAGUGCGGUCUAUGCUUCGAGUGUUUCGUGAAGACCGCUUUCUGGAAUGGGCGUUAGAGAAAUAUCGACGUUAUGGAAACACCUUCGCGACCUCAGUUCUGGGUGACGAUAAUAUAUGCACCGUUGAACCGGAAAACAUCAAAACCAUCCUGGCGGUGAAGUUCAAGCAGUUUGACCUGGGAGAGAAAAGACGGAGAACGUUCCAUCCGCUCUUGGGUGAUGGUAUUUUCGCAUCCGAUGGGCCGCAGUGGGAACAUUCGCGGACUCUGCUGAGACCGAGUUUCACUCGCACGCAGAUCGCGGCGACUGAUUUAUAUGAGAGGCACAUUCAGAGGCUGAUCAGCCAGAUUCCGCGAGAUGGCUCAACGGUGGACCUUCAGGACCUCUUUUUCAAGCUGACACUUGAUACAGCGACCGAGUUUCUGUUCGGAGAGUCUGUUGAGUCUUUGCGCCCUGGAUCUUCCGCCGAAUCUACUAGUUUUGCCCACCACUUUAACGUUGCCCAGGAUGGAAUAGCCUUCAGCGUGGCCGUCGCGCCAUUCGACCGACUGAUUUUCAGGCCCAAGCUCAGGGAGUCUGUCAGGGAGGCAAGAGGAUAUGUCGGCAACUUCGUGAAAAAGGCCAUUGAAUACCGACGCUCGCUUGACGCCGAGAAACAUGCGGGCGAUGUAUCAAACUCACAGUCGCGAUAUGUUUUUCUCGAAGAGCUCGCCAAGGAAACAGACAAUCCAACCGACAUCACUGACCAGGUCUUGAAUAUCCUCCUUGCAGGAAGAGACACGACCGCCAGUCUGCUAAGCAUGGUAUUCUAUCAUCUCGCACGGCGUCCAGAUAUCUGGGGAACCCUGCGGAGCGAGGUUGCGACACUCGACGAGAAACACCCAUCAUUUGAGGAGCUAAAACAGUUGAAAUAUCUCUCUUGGAUCAUUAAUGAGACUUUACGCCUGUACCCCGUGGUCCCAUCCAACAGCCGCACAGCAAACGAGGACACAUUCCUCCCCGUCGGCGGCGGACCAGACGGCAAAUCACCCGUGUUUGUCGCCAAAGGCCAAAGAGUUGCGUACGAUGUGUACGUGAUGCAUCGACGCCAUGAUAUAUUCGGCCCCGACGCGGAAGAGUUCCGGCCGGAACGAUGGGAGACCAUACGACCCGGCUGGGCUUUUGUCCCUUUUAAUGGAGGCCCUCGCAUUUGCCUCGGACAGCAGUUCGCCUUGACAGAGGCGUCUUAUACGAUCGUAAGAAUCGUGCAGUCGUUCAAGGAGAUCACCAAUCGAGACCCGGAGCCGUGGCAGGAACGUCUCGCACUUACGUUGGCGAGUAGGCAUGGGACGAAGGUGGCGAUGGUUCCUGUUUAGAUUAGUGUCUGUACUUCUUUCACCGUAGCUAAUACUUAAAAAGGUUGACUGGGUAGUUAUUCCAGCCAUCAAGACUCUAUUUCGGGCUCUAAUCUAUU